AUGGAGUGGGAUCCGAGUCGCUUCUUUGGUGCGACGGGGAGCCCGUCUCCUUAUGCGCUGCUCAUCCUGAAUCAGCCAAUUAAUGAGAGCGCAUUCGGCGUAUUAAGUGAACAUGCAUCCUUCAUUAUCUGCGCUGAUGGAGGUGCCAAUCGGCUGUACGACAUGAUGAAGAAGCUCGGAAAAGAGGCCACAGAAUUACCCGACAGGAUAGUCGGUGACCUGGACUCUCUCCGUCCAUCAGUACAACAGUUCUACGAAAAGCUGGGUGUGGCAAUCGUCGAAGACCCAGAUCAAUAUUCAACAGACUUCACCAAGUGUCUGAAAUAUCUCAAUGCGCAUGUUGCGGAGAUCAUCGCCUCUCCUCGACAACAGAAGGCAGUAUCUACAGCCAAGCAAGACAAUGUAGCUGGAAACAGUGCACCAUCUCAGCCAACGCAAAACUCAACUCUUGAAAUUGUGAUAUUGGGAGGCCUAGGCGGCCGUGUCGACCAAGCUUUCUCGCAGAUCCAUCAUCUGUACAUGAUGACGCAGAAGCAGCGAGAACUUCGUGAAGCAAAUGAGCCCAACGCUGAGAAUCAAAACAACCAACCCGCCGCGGGUGGAAACCUGUACCUCGUCUCUGAGGAGAGUAUCACAUUCAUUCUACAGCAAGGGAAUAAUAUCAUCCGCACGCCAGCAACCAAGCGCGCAGACGCCGAGUCCGAAUCUCUCGAGUCGCAGGCCGGCGAAAGUGAGACAUCUCGGAAACGGAAACACCAUCAAGAACAGGAGUACUUCUUUGAAGAGAACAUCGGUAUCAUUCCUAUAUCGGCACCUGCGUCAAUCACCACGCGGGGAUUUGAAUGGGAUGUACAGGAUUGGCAUACAGAGAUCGGUGGCCAAAUCUCAACGAGCAACCAUAUCCGUGCGGAUACCGUUGAGGUCGAAACAUCGGUGCCGGUGUUAUUUACGGUGGAGCUGGCGGAGAGGUUGAAAAGGGGAUGA